AUGGCCGGCGCUGCUGGAGCUGGCGGACUGGCUGUUGCUACAUACAACAACAUUAAAAACCGGCAACCCAAGGUGGAAGAACAGCCUGUGGAUCCCGCAACAUUCGAAGAUCAACAGUACUAUGGCAACCUGGCUAUUGGACCCUCUUCUCCGACGCAUGCCAUUGCGGAUAACCAUGACAACAAUAGAGUUCAGGCAGGACAACAGGAGCAAUAUGAUCCAUAUCGACCCAGUCCACAUGCUAGCUGGUUGUCUCAAGCAUCCGCCAUCGAUCCUUUCGGUACAGCAGCUGCAUACAAUUACGCUACACAAUUACAUCAAGCUUCUGCAGCAACCUCAUCAGUCGAACGACCUCCUGUACUACUUGCUCCGCCAGAAGACAAUACGGUACCAGCUGGUGGUGGUGGUGGUGGUGGUGGUGCCUAUGUUCCAGCACUUGCACGUACUAUCCAUGAUCAAUCACGCCAAUCACCUGAGAUGGAUGCUUUUGGAGGCAACGGCGGCGGCGGCGCACGAUGGCAGCAAGGAUCGGAAACGGGCGCACGUGCAUCUGGCAUCACAGCAACAAUUGAUGCAAGCAGUGUCAGUAACGAUAGUUCUACCUCUAAUACCACUGACGAAUCUAAGCAGCAGAGACCUCAACACAUUCAAACAGAUUCUGGCGAUACCAAUAAUAAAAACAAAGGAAGAAUGUUAUGGGACGACGCAUUAGCAAGCGCUGGCUGUACUACAGUAGCACGCUCAGCUUCAACAGCAUCGACCAACCCAUUCCGUAGCAGUAUGUCUAAUCCUCGUGAUAGUGGCAUUUCAGCCUUACGUAUAUCACCUAUUCCAGAAGAUGCUUGGUCUUUGGAGGACCAUGCUGCCAUGCCCAGUGACGAUAACCCUGUUGCCGCUAUCGAAGGAAACAACAAUAGUAUUGAUACCUCGCCAACAAUGCAGCAACAGCAUCAUCCAAAACCUGUUCAUCGUAAUAACACGAGCCAAAUUUAA